AUGGAGGCUGAUAUUGCUCGGAGCAUUGGAGAGCACAUAGGAAUAGUAAUAAUAAUUGGUGACGCUCAGGUUGGGAAAACGAAUUUAAUGACAAGACUUACAGAUAAUUAUUUCAAUUUAAAUUAUUUUCCUACUUCUGGAGCAGAUUUUGUAAGCUCUAAGUAGAUGUAUAAAGAAGUGGAAAUAAAUAAUAUAAACCUUUCUCUACAAGUAUGAGAUACCGGAGGACAAGACAGAUUUGCCAGUAUAUUUUAUAGCGGUGCUGAUUUUUUUCUUUUUGUCUAUGAUAUUACUAAUAGAAAUUCAUUUGAGAACGUUCAUGGAUGAUAUGAAUUAAUAAAAAUCAAUGAAAUACCUAAGAAAUUCGAAAUGAUGCUUAUUGGGAACAAAAUUGAUUUGAAUAAAAUAAGAGAAGUGACAUAUGAAGAAGGGAUGCUAUUAGCUAAAAAAUUAGGGAUGUACUUUUUAGAGGUUUCAAACUUAUCUAAGAAUAAUAUAGAUGACGUUCUUUUGCUUUUGGCUAACAACAUAUCCAUCAAAUAUUCGAAUUCAAUUUAA